CAUUUUAUUUUAAUAAACAGACUUCACACACAGCUUGACUUCACUGAAGCUGAUUACAAAAUGCUAACCGACGUCUUUCUUUCUUCCGUAAUUCUCGGGCUGUUUCUAAUGAAAACCAGCUCAGCUGGAGACCCAGGCGUAGUCACGCGUAUAACGCAAAAAGGUCUUGAUUAUGCUUCCACUAUUGGAUUCACACAACUUCAUGAACAAUUCAAAUCAAUACGAAAAAUUCCAAACAUCGUACACACUGGCGACACUUACUACAGCUUGACAAAUCUGUACGUAGAUAAAUUAACAAAACCCCACGGUAGCAUUGCUUUUGUGCCUGGGCACGGUCUAAAAUGGUCGAUGACAAUACCGAAUGCACAGAUCUCUGGUAACUGGCGUUACUCGAAAAAAUUGUGGUUUUUCAGAGUUGGAGACGCUGGAAGUAUGAAGAUCAAUAUGCCAGAAACGCAUGUUGAAAUCAUCAUUAAAUUGACAAAAACACCACACGGAGCUCCUGAUGUGAAAGCAACACAUUGCAGUUGUGAUAUUGCUUUUGACCUCGACACUUAUAAUUGGUUUUACAACUUCGUUAUAUUCCUCUUCAAAGGCACCAUUCGAACUGUUCUACGGCAUCAGAUGUGCGAGAAAGCUGUUGCGCUCAUCAACGACAACGGAUAUGAACAAAUCAUUAAUUUUCCAUUGCAGGUACCAAUCGGAUAUGAUUUCAUAUUAGAUUAUAGAUUGGUUAAUGACCCACUCUUGACGACAUUGUACAUGCAAUUGGAACAUAAGGCGAAAAUUUCAUGGUUCAACGAUAAUGACUUGAUACCAUUUCAUCCAGGCCAUCUCCCUUACGUCAGUGAUAACGGCAAGAUGAUAUACGUAGUCAUCUCAAACUAUGUAGUAGAUUCUUGGUCAUUUGCAGCUCAUAAACAUCACGUACUUCAAUAUGUCUUUUCCUCUAAACACCUGCCGGCAGCACAAAGCGAACUCUUGAUGACGACAUGCUCAGAAGAGACAAUUUGCAUAGGAAAACUCAUUCCACAGGUUUGGAAACAUUUCCAAACAGUGAAACACUGGCAUCGGUGUAAUCUACUAUCCCCCUCCCCCAAAGAUUCAGGCCUCAUGCCUAUUGUAAAAAUUCGCGCUGGCAGAAACUAUGGAAUUGACAAAUUAGUGAAUGUAGUCCUACAUAAAUCUGAACCGAAGGGAUCUAUUCUAUCAAGGUUUAUUCAGGACUGA